UAAAAAAUAAAACAAAAAAGCUAACCUAAAUCGUCGAUCCCCACCGCCUGCCUCCUUGCUCCUCCAGUCCGCGGCCGCCGCCGCCACCGUACUACGCCGUCGGAGUACCUGUACUUUUCAACACAACCUUACGUUUCAGUUUGCCGGAUGAUCAGAGACGCGUGUAAUCACUCUCAGAUCAAAUUAUUUCGGUGGUUCACCUGAAAAAUUCAAUCGGAUACAACUCUGAUUUUAUGAGAAAUUGAACCAGGGUAUGUUAGUGUGUGUGAAUUUUCGAACCAGGAAGAAGAAUGUAAUCAAGGUCGACCCCACGGGCUCUGCUCCUUGGACCCAGCUCCCAUGGGGCGCUGCCCCCGGAUCCCCGCCUCUUGGAACCCCCGUAGAGUACUGGCUCCGCCCAUACAAUUCGAAUUAUAAUAACUCAAACAAGCUUGCAUUCCCGCACCUCCUAACUUGCUUGAUGUGUAGUAUAAUUCGCUUUGAUUACCAAGUCAAUCCCCUAUUACACUAAAAUCAUGGUUGCAAAAGUCGCUAGGCGCUCCCUAGUCAGUGGACCGGGGAGUUGAGAGUACUCGGUCUACGCGGAGAGUACUCGGGGAGUACUCGGACAUGUUAAAUUAUAAAGAAAUUACUUUUUGGAGAUUAAAUAUAUGUCAAAUAACCAAAUUUACUAAUAUUUAUAACAAAAUACGUGAAAAUGAUAUUCAUUCUUUAAUAUGAUCGGAAUAGAAAUUAUGUUAUAUUAUUAUUUAAGUCAAACUAGGCCCGAGUUGACCUACUAGAUCCAAUUCUGGCCGAGAUUGACCGCGUUUGACCGACUCCGAGUAAUUAGGCGGAGUCAAAGAAAGUCGUCUCGGCAGCCUGCCUUGUAGCGACUACUCGGGGAAUACUCGGCCUUAGAAACCUUGUUUUACAACCAUGACUAAAAUAUCUAACAUAUGGGUCAUUUUAACGUUGUUUUAGGUUAAAAAAUUAAAUAAGGGGUUGAAGUGGAUCAGUUCAAAAGUUAAAACUUUUAUUUACGGGUCAAGUUGGGUUGAUUAAAUUAAAAGCACGGGUCAAUACGGGUUAUUAGGGUUUGAAUAGAAAAACCACGGGUGAACAUCAUCAUCAGCGAUUCAGGGCAUCUUCAUCCUCUCCGGCCUCCGCCGUCUCCUCCGCCACAAACCCGCCACCGUCUCUGUCGUAUCCUCCGCCACAAACCCCCACCCUCCGCCGGCAUCUUCAUCAGCGACGGUAGCUUUUCCGGUGAAGGUUCUGACCCUUUUUUUUAACCACCAUGAUUCAUAUAUUUUACAAACAGUUUAAUCAUGGAAAUCGAAGAUUGGGCUGGUGGAUCGAGUGAUUCAGAGGUAUCUUCACCUGAUAGUGACAACGAGGACCAUUGCUAUGCAUAUGGUGAUUUACCCAAGUUACAGUUUAGGAAAGGUGGUUCUGUGGCUCAUUGGAGGGAGGAGUUGGGAAUGGCCGAAGUUGUUAGCAAUAAAGGCCGAAUGUGGAUAACAACAGGGAUAGUGCGUGGCGGGAAGUUAUAUAUUUUCCUUGAAGAUGCAUUGUUUUUGGCAGAGAUCGGGGCACUGCAACUGUUCGAUGUCGACGAAAAAUGUAUUCCACUUGAAGACAUAUACAAGAAGGUUGCAGGAGGUGUAGGUGGAUCUUCUUGGGAGUCAUUUGAGGUAUACAGGCAUCUCAAAUCUUUAGGCUACAUAAUCAAAAGACACGGUGUUUGUUGGAGUAUGAAACAAGUUAAAAGCGCAUCUGCUUCUGUUGAAGGUGAAUCAGAGAAUGGCUGUGAAGAAACGGCUUCUAUAACUGAAAUCACUAAAUUGUUCAGCAGUAUGCAGAUAACUGAAGCGGGACCGGUUUUUGAUGUUUACCCUCCAAACAGCAAGUUCAGAAAAUCUAGCCCCGGUGAACCAAUGUUUAUUCUCUGCAUAAGUAGUGGCGGUCCACCAACUAAGAAGCAAAUUGAGGAUAUCGAAGGACAAUGUGAAGGUAUUCCUCUAAAGUUUUGUUACGUUGAGCAUGGACGUGUAAGCAUUUUUUCUUUUAAUGACGUUGAGCUUCCUGUUCUUCCUUGACUCACUAUGAUGUUUUAAAUGAUAAUUGCCGAUACGGAUAUAAGGACGCAUGGCAGAAUCAAAGCCCAGAGUAAGUAAAGAAAAUGUCAAAGACACGUGUAAAACAAUGAAUGGUUAUGCGUGAGCGUGUUUUAUCUUAUUGAUUAUAGAUACAAUGGUAGAUGUUGACGGUCACUUUGCCUCGAUC